AUGGACACUCUCAUUGGCCUUCUGGAGGCCGAGAUUCUGCAGGGCCUCGAGUCAAACGUGACCAUGUUGUCCACCCUGACCCCCGUUCCGAACUCGCACACGUACGGCCGCGUCUUGGUUCUUGACCUGGGUGGAUCUACUUUCCGCUUGUGCAUUUUGGAGCUUUUUGGCGAAGGCCGGUACGAAAUCCUGUGUUCGAGAGAAUGGCAGCUGGACUCCAAGGAAAUCAACGUCUCGUUUUUCCAGAGUCUGGUGGACCGCGUGUGCACGGCUACUAUCGACCGCUACUUUGCACACGCUGUCACCGUCGGUCUCUCAAUUUGUUUCCCGUUCAAGCAGACAAAACCAAACGACGCGUAUCUGGACGUUGUGGGCAAGGGUUUUAUUUUGGCAGACGAAAUCCGGGGAAAGAAUAUAGCUCUUUUGCUGCAGCAGCAGCUGGAGACGGCGACGAAAAAACAGGUCUGCGUGAAGGCUGUGAUCAACGAUGCCGUUUCUGUAUAUGUUGCUGGCGCUUAUUUGUACGAGUGUCGUUUGGGACUUGUCUUGGGCACAGGGCUGAAUGCGGCAGCCAGCUACCAAAACCGUGUGCUCAACACUGAGAUGUCCUGUUUUGGCAGCAGUCUGGCCGGGCUGCUAACGCCGUGGGACUUUGAAAUGCAGCCGGCAUACCGCGAGAGACGAACAGCACACUGUCAACUGCCGCUUUUCCAGCCCCUGGAGUAUAUGUGCUCAGGCCGCUACAUAGGCGAGCUGUUCCGGAUCGGAGUGCUGGACAUGGCGCAGCGGGGGCAAGUAUUUAUUGGGCAGCGUGUGGUGCUCGGGAGCGCGUACGAGCUGACGGGAGAGACACUUUGUCGAAUAUACGAGGGCAGCAUAGACGAAAUCGGCCGGAUUUUUGCUAAAUACAAUGUUGCUGUCACAGACCAGGACCCUGGUGUUCUACGCAGCAUUAUACGAAGUCUGAUUACCCGGGCGGCGGCAGUGCUGGCGAGCUGGCUGGUGGCAUUCUGCAGGAUACAGACACCCGGAACACACGACACGGUGCGCAUCGGAUACAUAGGCUCGUUUCUGGAGCAUUUCGCGUACUACAGGGAGCAGACACAGCUAUUUUUGGACGUGUACUGCGCCCAGCAUUCGGAUCUUCGUUUUGACAUCCGCCUCAUACCGCACAGCACGGCGCUGGGCGCUGCUAUUUCCGCAAGCCAAAAAAGCUGA